CUUUCAGCAGUGUGUUUGUGGUGACGACAAAUGCGCUUCGAAUUGUUAUUCUAUCUUGUUUUUUCUUCUUUUUUGUGGAAAAAAUAAGCAAAUCUCUCGAUUUUGAUGAUGAUGAUGUUGAUGGUUACAUUUUGAUUGUGUGAAAUCAUUUUUGUUUUUUUCCAUCGAAAAAAAACCGCUAUCUGUUUUUUGUAACAACCUCGAGAGAAAUAUUCAUCAAUUUUGACCAUUUUUGAAAAAACAAUCAAUUUCCAAGCGGUUUUGCGACCAACUUUUUGUUGUGAUCAUCGACCGAAUUGUUUUUGGAUCAGCAAAACAAUAUGAAUAACAAUACAUCGAUGGCUGCCGCAUUUCAAAGUUUGGCCGAUCUUUGUCAUCGUGAAUAUCAAACUGGCGAUUAUGAAAAUGCUGAACGUCAUUGUAUGCAAUUAUGGCGCCAAGAUACAACUAAUACUGGUGUUUUAUUAUUGCUUAGUUCAAUACAUUUUCAAUGUCGAAAUUUCGAUAAAUCGGCUACAUUCAGUAAUUUAGCCAUCAAACAGAAUCCAUUAUUAGCCGAAGCAUAUUCCAAUUUGGGUAAUGUUUAUAAAGAACGACAUCAAUUAAAAGAAGCAUUGGAUAAUUAUCGUACAGCUGUACGUUUGAAACCUGAUUUCAUUGAUGGCUAUAUUAAUUUAGCUGCUGCAUUAGUUACUGCCGGUGAAAUGGAACAAGCUGUACAAGCUUAUGUUUCAGCAUUACAAUACAAUCCAGAUCUAUACUGUGUACGUAGCGAUCUGGGAAAUUUACUCAAAGCAUUGAAUCGUUUGGACGAGGCAAAGGCUUGCUAUUUGAAAGCAAUCGAAACAUGUCCUACAUUUGCUGUUGCCUGGAGUAAUCUUGGCUGUGUAUUCAAUGCACAAGGUGAAAUAUGGCUGGCUAUACAUCAUUUUGAAAAAGCCGUAUCAUUGGAUCCGAAUUUUCUUGAUGCCUAUAUCAAUUUGGGAAAUGUGUUGAAAGAGGCAAGAAUUUUCGAUCGUGCUGUAGCUGCUUAUCUACGAGCAUUAAAUUUAAGCCCGAAUAAUGCAAUCGUACAUGGAAAUUUGGCCUGUGUUUAUUAUGAACAAGGAUUGAUUGAUUUAUCGAUCGAUACAUAUCGACGAGCUAUCGAAUUGCAACCAAAUUUUCCGGAUGCUUAUUGUAAUUUGGCAAAUGCAUUGAAGGAGAAAGGACAGGUAACUGAAGCGGAAGAUUGUUAUAAUACAGCAUUACGACUUUGUCCUACACAUGCUGAUUCAUUGAAUAAUUUGGCUAAUAUUAAACGUGAACAAGGUUAUAUUGAAGAAGCUACACGUUUAUAUUUGAAAGCAUUGGAAGUUUUUCCGGAAUUUGCUGCUGCACAUUCAAAUCUUGCAUCGGUAUUGCAACAACAAGGAAAACUACACGAAGCAUUACAACACUAUAAAGAUGCUAUUCGAAUAUCGCCAACAUUUGCCGAUGCUUAUUCAAACAUGGGAAAUACAUUGAAAGAAAUGGGCGAUAUUUCGAAUGCAUUACAAUGCUAUACUAGAGCUAUACAGAUUAAUCCGGCAUUUGCCGAUGCACAUUCCAAUCUAGCAUCGAUACAUAAAGAUUCGGGUAAUAUACCGGAGGCAAUUGCAUCAUAUCGUACAGCAUUGAAAUUGAAACCCGAUUUUCCUGAUGCUUAUUGUAAUCUUUCACAUUGUUUACAAAUCAUUUGUGAUUGGACUGAUUAUGAUGUUCGUAUGCGUAAAUUGGUAUCGAUUGUUGCCGAUCAAUUGGAUAAAAAUCGUUUACCAUCGGUUCAUCCACAUCAUUCAAUGCUGUAUCCAUUAUCACAUCAACAACGACGAGCAAUUGCUGCAAGACAUGCAGCAUUAUGUUUUGAAAAAAUUCAAAUCCUUCAUAAACCACCAUAUACUUUUCCAAAAGAACUUAGCAUAAAGCGUAUAAAAAUUGGCUAUGUUAGUUCAGAUUUUGGUAAUCAUCCUACAUCACAUUUGAUGCAAUCAGUACCUGGAAUGCAUGAUCGUAGUCUUGUUGAAAUCUAUUGUUAUGCAUUAUCACCGGAUGAUGGAACUACUUUCCGAUCAAAAGUUGAAAAUGAAAGUGAUCAUUUUAUUGAUCUAAGUUCAGUUGUUUGUAAUGGAAAAGCAGCUGAUCGUAUACAUGCCGAUGGUAUACAUAUACUAGUCAAUAUGAAUGGCUAUACAAAAGGUGCACGAAAUGAAAUAUUUGCUUUAAAACCGGCACCAAUUCAAGUUAUGUGGCUUGGUUAUCCUGGCACUAGUGGUGCAUCAUUUGUUGAUUAUAUUAUUACUGAUCGUGUUACAUCACCGAUUGAAAUUGCUGAUCAAUAUUCGGAAAAAUUGGCCUAUAUGCCUGAUACGUUUUUUGUUGGUGAUCAUAAACAAAUGUUUCCACAUUUGAUGGAACGUGUUAUUCUAAUGGAUAAAUCAUCUGCAUUAGAUUCAAAUGACUCAUCUGAUCGUAAAAAUAUUCCGACCAGUUUACCUGAUACAGUAUCGAUUGUCAAUGCAACCGAUCUAUCGCCAAUUAUUGAAAAAGCUGAUGUGAAAAAAAUUCGUGAAGUUUCUGUCGUCACGACAACAUCAUCAAUUGCUGCCAAUAGUAAUCGUUCGAAUAAUUCAGCUAAUCAAUCAAAUGUUGCCGUAUCACAAACAGAAAAAUUUGAAGUAGUAAAAACGGUAGUCGAAUUACCUGCAACACAAGUAGUCCAAGCAAUGAUCAGUAAUGGUCAUGUACAAACAUCGGUAAAUGGUCUGGUCGUACAGAAUGGUUUGGCAACAACACAAAUGAAUAAUAAAGCGGCAACCGGUGAAGAAGCACCAACAGCUAUAUUAGUGACAACUAGACAACAAUAUGGCCUACCUGAAGAUGCAAUUGUUUAUUGUAAUUUUAAUCAACUUUAUAAAAUUGAUCCAAAAACAUUGAAAUGUUGGAUUAAUAUUUUAAAACGAGUACCGAAAAGUGUCCUAUGGUUGUUACGAUUUCCAGCAGCUGGUGAAGCGAAUGUUCAUGCUAUUGCACAAAGUUAUGGUCUAUCACCUGGACGUAUUGUAUUUUCGAAUGUUGCAGCAAAAGAAGAACAUGUACGACGUGGCCAAUUGGUUGAUAUUUGUCUUGAUACACCAUUAUGUAAUGGUCAUACUACCGGUAUGGAUGUUUUAUGGGCCGGUACACCUAUGUUAACAUUACCGGGUGAAACAUUAGCAUCACGUGUAGCAUCCUCACAGUUAACCUGUUUAGGUGUACCCGAAUUGAUUGCCAAAUCUUAUGAUGAUUAUGAAAAUAUUGCUGUUCGAUUGGGAAAUGAUCGUGAUUAUUUGAAAGCAAUUCGAGCGAAAGUUUGGACAGCACGUACCGAAUCACCAUUAUUUAAUGUACGAACUUAUACAAAAAAUCUUGAGCGUCUAUAUUGGAAAAUGUAUGAAAAUUAUUUGAAAAAUGAUAAGCCACAACAUUUGGUCGAUUGGUGGAUGUAAAUCGAAUGUAACCGAAUAAUGAUGAUAAUGUUUAUUGGCAGAAUAUUGUUUAUUGAAACAUUUUAUCGGUCAGACCAUCAGCAAAAAAAAAACUUUAAAAACAAUCAUACUUUACGAUCAUCAUUUAUUAGACACUACCCAUAUGCAUACAUUACUUUUUCUCUCUUUCUUUCUUUUUUGAUAUACUCAUAUUUGUCCCCCCUGAUAUAGUUUGAUUGAUUGGUUUGUUUGCUUAACAUUAUUAUUAUUAUUCUCAUCAACAUUAUCAUUCAUUGUUGUUUUUGUUGUUGUUACUCCAAACACACACACGUUUUGCAUGAAUUUUCUCAUAUGAUGAUGAUGAUGAUUAUAUUUCGGGAGUAGGAUAUAGACAUGAAUUCUUUUUCUGAUUUGUUUCUGUUUGUAAUGUGCGUGCAUCUUAUCGUAACCACCUAUCGUUAUUUUUUUCUGUUUUUUUUUCGUCUUCAUCGAUCCAGUCCAUUGAAAAUGAUGAUGCUGAUCAA